GGAACUUUAUUCUUCAUCAUCGAGAGCGCUUUUGAUUUCAUAGUCUGAAAAAAACAAAUAAUUAAGAGAUGGCUUUCAAUAACAAUGAAGAGAAACAGGAAAACCAACCCAUAGCAUUCAAAGUAUACAGUGAUCUUUUUUUAUUUAAUAAACAAAAGACUCUUCUUCAGAGUAAUGCACUGUAUCAGUAUGUACUUGAAACAAGUGUGUUUCCAAAAGAGCACCCGUCUUUGAAGGAGCUCCGUGAUAUGACAGAAAAACACCCUCGGAGCCAUAUGGCUACCCCCGCGGAUGAAGGACAACUUAUAAGCAUGUUGGUUAAACUGAUAAAUGCAAAGAACACAAUGGAAAUUGGUGUAUACACAGGUUACUCUUUGCUCUCUACUGCUCUUGCUCUUCCCUCCGAUGGAAAGGUUGUGGCUUUGGACAUUACUCGUGAAUACUAUGAAUUGGGAUUGCCUAUGAUUGAAAAAGCUGGAGUGAUUCACAAGAUCGACUUUCGAGAAGGACAUGCUCUCUUUCUUCUUGACGAACUUCUUCAAGAUGAAAAUAACAAGGGGACAUUUGAUUUUGUUUUUGUUGAUGCUGAUAAGGAGAAUUACAUAAACUAUCAUAAGAAAGUGAUUGAUCUUGUAAAAGUUGGCGGAUUAAUUGGAUAUGAUAACACUUUAUGGAGUGGAUCAGUUGCGCUUCCCCCUGAUGCACCUAUGGAGGAGUUCAUUAGAGAUUUACGUGGUCAUGUGAUUGAGGUCAACAAAUAUCUAGCUCAAGAUUCAAGGAUCGAAAUUUGUCAACUUACAGUAGCUGAUGGAAUUACCCUUUGCCGCCGCAUUAGUUGAUUCCUCUGUCAUGACAUUUGUGUGCUCGGAGAAUUUGUGUUUUUAUUAUAAGUAUUUAAAUUUUUAAUAAGGCUAUGACUCGUGAGGUGUCGUUUUGCAAUUAAUUUUAUAUGUUUUUUAUCUUAUAAAAUAUUAUUUAACUUUUACAAAAUCAUAAUUUUUUUGACAUAUUUAAAAUUUUAUUAGAUAAUGUAAGAGGGAUUGAAAUGGUUCAAAUAGUACUUAAAAAGAAUUUUAAAAUG